AUGUCUCCUUCAGACCAAACCGGCUGGGCCAAGGAAUGCUCAUGUGUGCCAGAAUUCCAGUCUGAUUACAAACCUGUUGGUCGAGAAAUCCUACUUGGAAAGGAUUUAAAGUGCUACGUUGUCGGAGAUGAGAAUGCUAAACGAACCAUCAUAUUCUGUUACGAUGUAAUUGGAUACCAGCCACGCAACACUCGCCAAACUGUCGACCAACUGGCACUUCGUGGUGGUUUUAAGGUCAUCAUGCCUGACUUCUUCAGAGGAGCUAGAUUCGUACCUGGUGGACCAGUCCCGGUCUAUCAGUGGAUUCAAGACACAUGCCCAUGGCCAGUAGUAGAGAAGGAUCUCCCAUUGGUUCAUGAGUACUUGAAGAAGACUGCAGAGUCUAUUUGCUGGGUCGGCACAUGUUAUGGAGGCAUGAUAGGAAGCAUCGUAAUGGGCCGAGUCUCAUACCUAACCGCCGGAGUCUUCAUCCACCCUGGCACAAUGUCCAUGAAAGACCCUAAAUACCAUCGUGGUCCAGUCUACUUGAUGCCUUCAAGAGACGAGCCUGAUCUCCUUCCAUAUUACGCAGAGUUACAAAAGCGACCAUUUGGAGCGAUAUCGAAGCACACGAGAUUUGAGAAUAUGCCACAUGGCUGGUGCUCGGCUCGUGGAGCUGGACUGGGACAGGCCGAGAAGGAUGUGCCUAAGGAACAGGCUAGAGCCGUUCAGAUGAUUAUUGAAUGGUUGAAUGGAAUUUUGGCUGACCAGAAUCUGGUUGCAAAGAUCUAG